AUGAUGUGGUGGACAACUAGUGGAUACGAACCGCUGCCAAUGGCGACGCCGAACAUUCGCCCCGGUUUGCGUACCUAUCGACGCCAUGUGUACAUCGCCGGCGGGCUGCUGCUGAUCUUCGUCGGCCUGUUGAUCAUCUACUACCAUAUGGGGACGGCGGACACGGAUGUGGUUCAACUUCCCGGAUAUCAUUCGGUGCCGGAAAACGACAAGUUGAGAUGGAACUACUACCGUCCAAAUAUUGCUUAUCGCGACCUGGUCCCGGAUCGGAGACCGGAAGCCGGAAAGACAAAAGAAGAAGCUUCGGCCGCGAAGAUGAUCAUCCUAGAAGGCCUUUACACCCCGGAAGACUGGUCGGCAAACCCCGGUCUGUAUACGGUAGCCGUGGAGCAAAAAAAGAACCACACCGCUAAGGGAAUGAUGAAGAUUCUAGAUUCAAGCAAUUACGCCAAACGCCUCUUCUUCGUCGACUCGCCAGCGAAUGACUUUUUCCAAAUCAUGCGGCCCGAGAACGCCUCCGAGCUACGGCUGAUGCCAAAGAGCGCCUACAAACUAGAGGGCAAUCUCUGGAUACCGCGAGAUCCCAAAUUACACCAACGACUCUGGGCCGGCUCAAGAAUGUUGGAAUGUCUGAAUUGCUGGCGUCGUGAAUGUUCCGUGAUCCCGCACACGACCGACAUGGACAUUGCUACGUUCGAGGAUGAGUUCCCGAUGGCGCUGGUCAACGACUCGAUCAAUAUUCGCCGGAAACCAUUGAAGCUCUCCCGUAUCCUUGGCCGGCCAGGCGACAGCUACGAGGCGACGUUCAGCCUGGACACCGAGCGCGGCACCACCGUGAACAUUGACCUGUUCACGAUGUAUCGCGACCCGAGCAUGCGCCGCUACUACAUCACCAUGGUCUACAAGGUCUACAAGCCCGCCUUCUACGUGUUCAAGCAGCUGUCACAUCUGCAAAAAUUUCAAUCGACUUAUCCGUGGUUCGGCGCCGAUCUGUGCACGGCCGAUCUGCACGGCCACCUCUUCCAUGUCCCCUGCAACCCAGAAUUGAUUUUGGAGGCUGAUUACGGCAAGAAUUGGCGAGUCGACCAGAACAACAAGGAUUACACCUGGGGCAGCAACACCAUCAAAAGUGGACAAAUUCCGGCCGCCGAAGCCCGUGCCUUCCACCGCUCCUUC